AUGGACGUCUUCCUCGACAUCUGCGAUACCUUCUUCUUCGACCGACUAUAUGCCACCAUUCUACCACAAACAGACUUUCCCAACAACGAUACGCUAAACGAAAUACGGCUUGAAAUAUACAAUCGCCAUGUUCAACCCUACUACCCCUUACAAGCAUCUCAAUGGGCAGGAUCCAGCUCCUGGAAACGCGACGAUCUUCCUAGGCAGGCAAUAUCACUGUUCUUAAUAACAUGGCUCUUCGGCGUCCUCAUGUACUUCUUCGGUAGCACCCUCCUCUACCACACAAUCUACAACAAAUCACUCCUCAACCACCCCAAAUCCUUGCCGCACCAAAUCCGUCAGGAGAUUGCUCAGAGCAUGUUCGCAAUGCCCAUAAUGGCAGUUCUCACUGUACCCUUCUUUCUCGCCGAAAUCCACGGCUGGACGAAAUUAUACGAUUUCCCCGACACCACCACUAMCCUUCGYCCGCCGUUAAACAUACCCUGGAAUCUAUGGACAUACCUGCAAUACCCCCUCUUUAUUCUGUUUACCGACACCGGGAUCUACUUCAUCCACCGCUUCGAACAUCACCCGUCUAUCUAUCGGUUCAUCCACAAACGGCACCACAAAUGGAUCGUGCCCACACCUUUUGCAUCGUAUGCCUUUAAUCCUGUGGAUGGAUGGGCACAGAGUCUGCCGUAUCAUAUCUUCCCGAUACUGUUUCCAUUACAGAAAUGUGCUUACAUGGGCUUGUUUGUGGGUGUGACAAUGUGGACUGUUUUCAUUCAUGAUGCUGAGUACUUGUCCGACUCGAAAGUGAUCAAUGGUGCGGCGUGCCAUACAAUGCAUCAUCUUUAUUUUAAUUACAAUUAUGGCCAGUUUACGACGUUUUGGGAUCGGGUGGGCGGGACGUAUCAGGUGCCUCAUGGACGGGCUUUUGCUCAUCCCAAAGAUGAGGGUGAGAAGCGGGUUGGGAAGAAGGUUGAUUGA